AUAAUUAUUAUUUAUAAAUAUUUGUAUUCAUUUAUUUCAUUUUAUAUAUUUAUUAUUUUUCAUUUUAUAUUAAGUCGAAGUAGAAAAAAUGGUUUUCAAAUGUUCAUUAAAAACUUGCAGAGAAAGCACUCAAAAAACAGAAAACCUAAAAAUGCAUGGUAUUCCUAGAUCAUUAUGUAUGAUGGAGAAAUGGGUGAAAGCUAUUCAACAACACCAACCAGACUUUAAUGCUACAACUCACUCUAAAAUAUGUAGCAUGCAUUUUUUAGAGUCUGAUUAUACUUUAAGUUUAGUUAAUAAUCAAAAAGUUUUAAAAAAAACUGCCAUACCUAGCGUUUUUAUGAACUUUUCAUCUAUGAUUGAAGUCAUUGAAGUAUAUGAAGAUAAUAAUAUGGUUCUUAAUAUUGAAUCUACUAGCUCAAUGUCUCCAGAGUUUAGUUCAUCAACUGCUCAAGAACUUACCAUAGAUACGCAGUUAUUUGAGAAACAUUUGCCAAGUAAACCUGCUUUAGACUCCACAUUAAAGUUGUCUCAAAACAUAACAACAGAAGUCAACAUUGCAAAUGAAAAAUUGCCACCUCCUGCUGUUGAGUUAACUCCUGCAUUUAUAACUCCUCCUCAACCAAGGAAACGUAAGUAUUAUGUUGGGGAUUUCAAAAGCAUAGAUGACUUAGAAAGUCCAAAUAGUCGACGGAAAUUAUUAUAUGCUGCUAAAAAGUCCAGUGAAAAACAUGUAUCAACUAUCAAAAAACUAAGAGUACAAAAUUAAAUGGCAAAGUAUUUAGGAGCUGAUUUAUCUAUGCCUCAUCCCAAACCUUUUUUUAAGCAUGAAUCUGGAAUAGUAGUACAUAUUUUAUUAGAUGCUGCUCACAUGCUUAAACUAUGUCGAAAUACAUUGGGUGACUGGAAAACUUUAUAUGAUGAGGGCAUGAAACCUAUAAAGUGGUCAUUUUUUCAAAACUUGGUUUCUAUACAGGAAGAAAUUGGUCUUCAUGUAGGAACAAAAAUCCGUACCAGACAUAUUCAGUAUCAUAAAGAAAAAAUGAAAGUGCGUUUAGCUGCUCAAACUUUCAGCUCAAGUGUAGCAAAUGCACUAGAGUAUUGUUCCAAAAUAUUAAAUUUAAAUAUUUUUACAAAUUGUAAUGCGACAAUUACAUUUUGUAAAAAUAUAAACAAUAUAUUUGACUUUUUAAACACUAGGAACUUCUUAAGUAAGUCACAGUACAAAAAACCUUUGAAACGAGAAAACAAAAUUGACAUAUUUAAUUUUAUUGAUGACUCCAUUAAAUACUUGCAUUCAUUACACUGUGAAAUUGGUAAAGAUAGUACAAAAACAAUAAUUCCUGUCAUCAAAUCCACUCGAAAAACUGGGUUCAUUGGAUUAAUAAUUUCAUUACAAAGCAUCAAAAAUAUGUUUAUUGAUACAGUUAUAACAAAGGAAUUAGAUUUUUUAUUAACGUAUAAAAUGAGCCAAGAUCACCUUGAAAUGUUUUUCUCUGCAAUCCGUUCAAGAGGAGGUUUCAACAAUAAUCCCACUGCUUUACAAUUUGAAAGUUCUUUUAAAAGACUAUUAGUUCAUACAGAAAUAAUGACAUCAUCUGGUGCAAAUUGUAUGGUGAUGGAUAUGACAAAGAUUUUGUGGGUCAGUAGUAGCACCUCAAAACCUGUUGAAAAUUCCAAUAUUUAUUUAGAUAUGCUAUGUGCAGAAAUAGAAGAUGACGAUAUUCAUUUCAAUACAAACCAAUUUAAUGUUUUACAACAAGUCGUUGAAGAUAUUGUGGAGUAUAUAGCAGGGUUCAUUGUCCGGAAACUUUCAAGGAAAUUAAUUUGUGACGAAUGUACUGAAGUUUUGACUCGAUUUAAUACCGAAAUUGGAUCAUUAAUUAAUAUUAAAUCCCGUGGAGGAUUAAUAAAUCCAUCAGUAGAUGUUAUCUAUUUAUGUAAAGUAGCUGAACGAAUUUUUAACUCGUACAAAAAUUUGAUACCAACUAAACCAAAUAUUAUCAACUAUUUAAUUAUUAAAGCUUCUUCACAAAUUAAUCUAAAAAACAUUUUUAUAGUAAUAUCUGAUCAUUUUUUGAAUCAAAAUCCAUUAGACAAUCAUUUACUAAAACUUACACAUUUAAUAUUUAAGACUUAUUUUAGAAUUCGUGUGAAUCACUUUACCCUGAGUGAGAGUCAGCCAAAAGAACGCAUACGAUCGUUUUUAACUAAGACUAUUCAUUUUAAAAAUCAAUAGAUAUAUUUUAAAGUAGUCGGUCAAAAUACAAUAGCAGAUUUUAAAUUUAUUAUUUUCAUAUUAUAAUUAUUAUUAAUUAUUAUUUUAUUAUUAUAAUUUACCUAACUAUUUCAUUUAUUUUUAUAUUUUAAUUUGAUAACUUUAUAAUUCCGUGUUAUUAUUUUGUGACUUUUUUCUAGAUUCAUAUCUUAUAUUUGUAAUUGCUUUAUAGGUACUCUAUUUACAUUUAAAAGAGCUAAGAAAAUAUUAAAAAAAUUCUAAAUUCUUUAUUUAAAACAUUGUAUGUUGUAUAUUAAGUGGCAUAAAUAUGACUAUCAUUAAAUAA